UGUCACGUGAUGAUGACUUCCUGUUUUGGAAUGUAAACGAAGGUGUACAACAUUUAAAUGCAAAAUGAUACAAUAUCACGGGGCUGUUUUGCCCCUGAUAUGUAUCCUAAUGUGCUGUUUAGUAAAACUUUCUUAUGAGGAUCAGAUUGUAGUCAGCACACGCCAUGGCUCAGUGAGAGGUUUCAGCAUCCCCUCUCACUAUUCAAGAUAUGACAACAGAAAAAUUAAUAUAUUCCUUGGUGUCCCAUAUGCGAAAAGACUAACACAAUAUCUAGACUGGCGAAGAGAGUUUCGUUUUAAUAGACCAGAUAAACCAAGUUGGUCAGGGACUUGGGAUGCCAGUUAUUACAGACCAGCCUGCCCACAACAUAUGUGGCAUGUCAAAGAAACUGUCCCUGGAUUCAACAAACAAAAUGUCAGUGAAGACUGUCUUUACAUGAACAUAUUUGUACCUCAUGAUACAGAUGAGAUUCCCAGUAACAGUCCUACGUUGUAUCCAGUUAUGGUGUUUAUACACGGUGGUGGCUUUGUUGUCGGAGCAUCACAACAAUAUCCUGGUGUAUUUCUGGCAGAGAGAAAGAUAGUAGUCGUCACAUUUAAUUAUAGGCUUGGACCACUUGGAUUUCUGAGCACUAAUUCUAGAGAUUCAUGGGGAAACUAUGGGAUGUGGGAUCAAAUCAGAGCAUUGGAGUUUGUUAAAGAGAAUAUAGAAGCAUUUCGUGGCAAUCCUAAUCUAGUUACAAUUGCUGGACAAAGUACAGGAGCUGCUUGUGUUGGACUUCACCUCUUGUCUCCAAGAUCUAACAGAUUAUUUGUGAGAGCUAUCAUGCAGAGUGGAUCUGAUCUUAGUGAAUGGGCCAUUAUUAAGUCUAACGAUGAUGCCAAGUCGUAUGCUAUAGAUCUAGCAAUGGAAAUAGGUUGUCCUACUGGUGACAUGUCUAGAUUGGUCAACUGUCUACAAGUAUCUAGAACAGCUGAUGAAAUUGUAAAUGCCUCAUCCUUAGUUAGACUGAAGCCAGCAUCAGUAGGAAAUCCCUGGGGACCAGUUGUAGACAUUGGACAGGGAGCUAUGUGGGCUUUCCUUCCUGAAACUCCAAGGUCAAUGAGAAGUCAAGAAAGAUUCAAAUUAUUUGAAGUUAUGGCGGGGCUCAAUAGGGAUGAUGGUUCAUAUUUUAUACCUAAUGUGCGAGAUUUAGAAGAAGGAAUUGAGAGUAACAAAUUCGGUAAUAUUAUCAAUGAAUUCCUGACUGAUAGAAAUGUGGAAGAUUUAUUCAACACAAAAGAUGCUUUAGAGUUUGAGUAUACAUGGUGGCCUCAGCCAGGAAACAAGUCUAUGAUUAGACAAAUGUUAAUGGAUAUGAUGACAGACUACAUGUUUGGUACAGGUCUUGAUGAAGUGGUGAAAGGUCAAGCUAAACACAAUAAAACAUAUGUUUAUAACUUUAACUAUUAUUCAUGGAAUGAUUAUUUACCACCAUGGAGAGGUAUAGCUCAUGGACAGGAGUUACAGUAUAUGUUUGGAUUUCCCUAUAUAAAUCAGACCUACAAGGACCUGUUUGGAGUAUACCCACGACAACAGUAUGAUUACCAAGAUAGAAAUAUCAGUGAAUAUAUGAUUAGUAUGUGGACAAACUUCACUGCAUCAGGAAAUCCUACACCAAAGACUUUUAAUACACUUUUACAUUUUAAGAAUGUUACCUGGUUACAGUAUAAUAACUUUAAUCACAGCUAUUUAGAGAUAGGAAAUACAUCUCGUAAUUUGAUAAACUAUAGACAGAAUCAUUAUGGCUUUUGGAGAAAGUAUUUUCCACAGCUUUAUAACAGACCUAACUUCAUAAAGAAUACAGGUUCAUCCAGUACUGAUGACCAGGGGAAGAAUUAUCAGAUAGCCACAUACUCCUUAGUAGGUCUAGCUGUACUACUAUCAGUUAUAGUGCUCUCAUUAUGUAUAGCAGUUUACAGAAGGAGGCCAAAGGACUAUUAAUAGAUGUUUAACAUGAGGAAUCUGUCUUUUACUUUUUAAAUUAGGUGUAUGAGAUUAUGUACAGUUAAAAAGUAUAAUGUCACUGACAUAUUUAAAAUAUCUUCUUUGUAAAAUAUCAUGAUUAUUGUGUUUAUAAAUGCAUUUAAAAUGCAACUUUUGCAUCCCUACUAAUGGGCAUUGGGUGCACAUUUUUAGAUUGUAAUCAGAUUUGGGUAGACUCAAAUUCAUUCAUAAAUAUGAUAAUUGUAAGCCUACCAUGGCAAAUAUAAUGUUUAAGGUAUAUCUUAAAAAGCAAAUUCUUCACUUGAAUUAUGUAUUUUCUGUACAUAACGGCACUUUCAAAACCAAACUGAAAUUGAGCUAAAGUUCAUAAAAUUUUAAGUGACAAAUAUUGGUUUGUGAAUGCAAAUACUGAUAAAUUUUAUGAUCUGUGCUAAAACAAAUUCAACUCAAACUCUCAUGAAGAUCAAUUCAUACAAUUAGAUAGUAUCUAAAUUUAUGUUGGUAAAGAAGUUAUUUUGUUGAUCAACACAAUUAGUUGUUCACAAGCGCUUAAUUGUUUUAUUUUUGUUUGUUUUUGUUUUUAUAUUGGUGAGUGCUGAAAUUUUGCAUCUUCAGUAGGAAUUAGAGGUCAAAAUAUUUUCUUUCUUUUCAAGUCUUUAUAGAAGUAUAACUUGUAAACAAUAUAUCGCUGUAUAAAUUGUUAGGACAUGUUGUUGCUUUAAAAAAAGUGCUAUAUAUAUCAUAUAUUUUGUUACUCAAAUGUAUAUACUAUUAACAGUAGAUAAAAAAUAGUAAUCAGAUGUAUAUUACCAUAUAAACAUUUUCCCCAAUCUAGAUUUUCUUAAAUCUUCAUGAAACCGUCUUCAUUUCAUUUAACCAAAGUAAUUUUUCAGUAUUCAUUGCAAAUUUAUUUUGAAAUUCAUUAUGUUAUUAUGUCUAAUGGGAGUCUCUUUACUAUGAAAGUGAUUUUAUAUGAAAAUUUCACUAUUGAUUUGUAAAUUUUAUGUUCAAAAUAUCAAUCUACUGUCUUAAGUUUGUUUCCUAUUGACUAAAAAAAGUUUAAUCCUUUAAAAAAGAUAAAUAUUUACAAAUUAGAAAUAAGCAUGUAAACAUUACUUUUCUCAGAAAGUGGGCCAACCAGUGGUAUAUCAUUAUUUUGAUCAGUGUUAUAUACAUGUUUGUUUUAAAUUUAAAGUUAAGUUUCAUGGUUUAUGGAAUUUAGUUUGCUUUGUUAAAAUAUGACAUCAUUUAUUAGUGAUUUUAAUCAAGGUUUUAAGGCAUAUUAAUUUUGGUUUAAUCUUUUUUAUUCUCUGAGUCUGUGACUCAAAUAACUGCAGCAGGUUGUAUGUUUUCCCUGGAAGACAAUUUUAUGCAAAUUUUGUAUAUAAAAAAUUAUUUUUAAAUGUUUUACUUCUUAAUGUCUGAUUUUGUUUACAAAAUCUAUAGCAAUAUGUAUAUAUGUAUAUAAACAGAUAUAAGCGUCCAAUUUUAAGUUCUUUGUAUAUCUUUUGUUUUUUAACCUGAUUUGUCCCAGCUACAGUUAUGUAUAAUUUUUCAUGUUUGUUCCACAUCAUACAUUCCGUUUUAAAAUCACCAUAAAAAUUGAUAAAUUUUCAUGGAUACCAAUGUUCAUGGAUUUAGGAAAAUGUAUGUUCGUAGAUACUUGAUUUCAUGAUUUUGGAAAAGUCUACAUAGUUUUUUACAAGCAUUUAGAAAAUUAGUACUUCAUUGAACAUUUUGUUGGUUUACCCUUACCUUUGGAAACUGCUUUUCCAUGAAUAACAAUGAAUCUUCAGUUACACAAACAUUUACCUAUACCAGGUGUGAUCUUUAAGCUGACUUUUUAGCAAGGAGUUUUCACUCAUCAUCAAGUCAAAUUUGGUUGUUUUGUUACAAAUGUGCCAUAUGUAUGUGUUGUUGAUAUAUUUAACUGUUUGUUAUCUCACUUUUUUUUAUUAUUCAAUGUCUGCCUCAAUAGAUAGAUUUGAAAUAUUUUCAAUCAUGAUUUCUUAAAAUUUCUACUAAAUCAAAUAUUUUUGUCAGAAAGUACAACUUUGAGAUAACUAUAGUAAAAUGUACUUUAAGUUGAAGUUUAUAUUGUAGUGUUUUAUAUAUAAAGGAAAUGAUUUCUGAUAAUUAUAGUACAGAAAGUUAUACUUAAGGAGAUGACCAAAGGUUAUUGUUAGAUCUAUUUUUAAAAUUAAUUUACUAAGGGUUCAAGAGGAGGGAGGAGUGAUCAGCAUUUUAACCAGAUUUGCAAUAUAUUUUAGUUUAGGUAAAUAUGAUUGAAUGAUUGAUUAAUUGAUGGAUGGUUCUUGGGGCAGACAUUACAUAAAUUGACCUUAUAAGCUGAAAUCAAAUUCUUUUGGCCACAUAGAUAUGAUUUAUUCUGGUGAGGUGUGUACUUUCUUGUUUUAAUAUAAGAUUUCUUUUUUAAAAGUUUUAAAACUGAAGUCUAAUCUAAAGGAAAAGUAUCCAGCAGGUUAAAAAGUGAUUGUAAUUAAAAUAGUUCCUUUUUGAUAUAACCACUGGACAUUACUUUUAAAAGGCAAACAACUAUCAAAUGAUCAACCUUUUCAAUAAUGGAGAAGUUGUCCGUUAGUGUAGAUAUCAGUGCUGUUAUGUUACAGGGUUGUUGGUUUAUUAUUUAUUAAGACUUAUUGUUAGAUAUGUAACACAGUAUGGACAGUACUAGUCAAAUGCAUAAUCAAUUUUCUAAUAAUGUAAAUAUUUCUAUGUACAUAUCACAAUAUUUUCCUCAGGUUUUUUAUUUGAGACUUGAAAUAGACACUAUGUAAUCAUAGUCUAUUAUUAGGCAUUAUAUACAUGACCUGAAACAGUAGAAAGAGUUGUACAUUUUCAUUGUCUGAUAUACUAAAAUAAUUUAUACGAAAAAUAUUAAGGGACAAACAGAGUUAGGCAUACAGCAAAAAUGUACAAAAAAAUCUUUUUCAUGGCAAAAAUAUUGAAUACUUUCAAAUCAUUCCAUUAGAUCUGUGAAUAUUUUAUCAUAAUAAUAAACAGUUUUUCUUGUUGUUAUAAUGUCAUUAUAUGCAAUUAUAGUAAUCAACACCAUUUUGUAUAUUUUUUUUCUACUAAAAAGAAGUGUUGAUUUUUUACAUGAGAUGUCUACAAUACAUAUCAAAUAUUUUUAAUAAAUUUUAUUAUCUCGUGA